AUGACCUCGAUUGAGCGUCCAGCCGGAGGUGCGCUCGCGUUGCACUAUGCAGCGGCCCGCGGUUGCCUCGAUUGCGUACGCCUGCUCACCGAAGCCGCACCGGACAUUAGCGCCAACACGCAAAUGGACAACGAUGUGACACCGGUGUAUCUGGCCGCGCAGGAAGGUCAUCUGGAGGUGCUGAAGUUUCUAGUGCUGGAAGCGGGCGGUUCGCUGUACGUGCGGGCUCGCGACGGCAUGGCACCGAUACAUGCGGCCUCGCAGAUGGGAUGUCUCGAUUGCCUCAAGUGGAUGAUUGAAGAUCAAGCAGUUGAUCCUAACUUACGCGACGGUGACGGUGCCACACCACUGCAUUUCGCCGCCUCCCGCGGACAUCUGAGCGUGGUGCGGUGGUUACUAAAUCAUGGCGCCAAGCUGUCGCUGGAUAAGUACGGCAAAAGCCCUAUCAACGAUGCGGCCGAAAAUCAGCAGGUCGAGUGUUUGAACGCGCUGGUACAGCAUGGCAACAUCAACGGGGUGGGUGGAGGUGACGCACCGGACAGUCAAACUUCACCGAAGCAGCACCGCCAUCAGCUGCACGACGCCUACCAGUCGCAGGUACUGCCGGGCGGUCCCGGAUCACUGCCAAAGCAGGCGCGCGUUUCGCGCAAAAGCUCCGCAGGGAACCAUGGUCGUCCGGGGAAACCGCUGGUCGGUGGACAUGGUCACAACCAUCACAGCAAUACAAUGAUGUCGACGAAAUCUUCUACCGGCAGUUCUGACUCGGAACCGUUUUACCUACACCCACCGACCAUACGCAAAACGAAGGACGGCCUGUACGCUAGACAGUCGCCGGACAGCUAUUACGGUCCAGUGCUGCCGAACGAUGGAGUGUACGUGAAUCCGAUGCGUCGCGGUUCUUCGACACCGCCGAGUCCGAGUGGCAGCAUUUCCGGUGAAUCCUUCUUUCUGCACGACCCGCAGGAGGUGAUUUACAACCGCGUGAAGGAUCUGUUUGAUGCGGACAGUACGCUAAAGGAGGAUAAGAUCGUCAACAAUCGAUCAAUCGUGCAAGCUGAGGUACAUUCAAGUAGCAGCGGUGCUGCCAGUGGUUCCGAUGAGGAUCUCUCUGUAUCAUCGUCACACUCCGGCGGUGAUGGCGGAGGAGGCGGCGGUGGCGGUGGUGGCAGUGGUGCUGGUAUGGGAGGUGUAGGAGGUACGGGCGGAAGUUGUGGUCCCGGACCUGGCAUCGAGCUGAUCAACGGCAAUCUCACCAAGGCCUCGAACGUGAACAGUAGCGCCACCAGCCACGAGCACGACUACGAGGACAUCUAUCUGAUGCGCGAGGAAACGCAGUACGUUGGCGGUACGCCGAACAGGAGUGCAAUCGGCCGUAGCCGGUCCCGGGACAGUGGUUCGCACAGCCGGUCGGCCAGUGCGAGCUCGAACCGCAGCGACGUCGUGCUGCAGCUCACCGGCAACGGCAACAGUAAUCAGCCAUCCCUGGUGAGCAACAACAAGGAGCAUAUGUUGCUGGCAAAGCGCAACAACCUACUGUACGAGCAGCAGCGCAGCCAGCAGGGCACGAAACCCUUGCCGAACAAAUCCAUCUACAACAUGGGCAAGGGCACCAAAGGCUCGAACCACCCGUACCCGGGGAUGGUUUCGCAGCGCAAGCACGCGGACGACUACUCCAGCAGCACGCUGCGCUCGUCCUGCACCGUCGACAACGCGUACGAGAGCGUCUGUUCGCCGGAGGACGUGUACGAGCGGGCGGCCGAGAUGGGGCUCGGCGGCAAGCAGCAUCCGCCGCACGCCAAGUCACACCAGCCGCCGCACGCGUUCGCGGGAGCAAAUGGAGCAACCGUUAGCGCGAAUGGUGCCACUAACGGUACCGGUGCUCAUGCAGCAGCCACGUCGUCCGCACCGUCCGCAUCGUCAGCCAUACGAAACGGGCCGACGCAGCUGAAUGAAGAAAAUGAAAAUGCAGGACCACCACCGCCACCACUUCCACCACCGCUGAAGGCAAGCAACUACGGACAUAUCGGGCACGGUGCACAUCCAGCAGCGGCCGCUGCAGCUGCGGCAGCUGCAGCCGCCGCUGCCGUUGCCGCCGCCACACUAAUUGGCGGAUCUCGCGAUGGUUACGAUUAUACGAAAAAUUCGCGCAACGCAUACGACCAGCAGACCGUGCCGGCGGCGUACAGCGAGCAGCAACAGUACCUUAACGUGCCGCACAAGCGCCUACUGCACCGGGACGGCGGUGGACAUAUGGAGGGCGGUGAGCACCAUAACGCCGAACAUCAGGAUUCUGAUUCCGGGCUGGAGGUGCUAGAGGAGUCCACGCUCAAACCGUCCGAUCUGAUACGCGGCAAUCACAACCGUAGUAUGUCUAUUAUUUCUGCGAAUAAGAAAGCCAAACUAAUUCAAGCCAACGGCAGCGCUGGCGGUAGUGGCGGAGGCGGCGGCAGCAGCAACCUACAUAGCCUAUGUGCGGCGGAAAACAGCUUACCAUACGGCUCCAAGACAUCCCGUACCGGAGCAGCAACGUCAGUCGACGACCAGCACUGCCAUCAGCAACAUCACCAUCAACCGCGGCUGGUCAACGUCCAGCCGGUACCAACAAGCAACCAUCAGCAGCAUCAGCAGGGACAUCCGGGACCGAACCUGGUAAACAAGCAGCUAGUGCUACCGUUCGUGCCACCCAGCUUCCCGAAUGGUACCGGUGACGGUUCCAACCAUCUGAUCAAACCGUCAGAAUAUCUGAAAAGCAUCAGCGACAAGAAAUCCAAUGCAGGCUCGCAAAGAUCAUCUGACACGGAGGAUUAUAUGCCAUUGAACACGGCCCUGAUUGUGCAGGCGGGAUCGGAACCACCGAAACCGCCCCCACCGCCCCCCGCACCGCCCCUCCUUUCCCUGCACAGCGCAAUCCUGUCCGGUUCGGCCACGCUACAAUCCGCGCUGUCGCACCACAGCACCACCGGUGGCGCACGGUCCGGCGAACCGGCGCCCGGCGAUAAGGCCCCACAGCACAGUGGCGGGGCGCAUCCGCCGCCACCACCACCCCCGCAGGAUACCGACAUCCGGAAGCUGCAUCAGCCACUGUCGGCGAUCUCGAUCCAGGACCUGAACAGUGUGCAGCUGCGCCGCACGGACAAGAUGCUCGCGAAGACGUACUCCGCGCCGACGCGCAGCAUCAGCAUGCAGUGCCUGUCCAGCACGAGCGAGCAGUUCCUGUCGCAGAAGACGGACCUCAUAGCGGAGCUGAAGCUGUCGAAAGACAUUGCCGGCGUGAAGAAGAUGAAGGUGGAGCGGGCAAAGCUGGAGGACCGGCAGGCAAACGAGGUGUACUCGGAGGUGACGCGCCAGUUUACUGCACAGAACUACGUCGAUCAGCCUUAUCAUACAGCUGAUAAGAUCUUUCAGGUACCGGAGCGCGACAACGCCGGCAACAUCAUACCGGACUGGAAGCGACAGAUGCUGGCAAAGAAGGCGGCCGAAAAGGCGAAGAAAGAGUUCGAGGAGCGGUUAGCGCGGGAAGCGGAGGACCGCCGGCUGUCCGCCAUUCCGAAAUGGAAGCGCGACCUGAUCGCACGCAAGGAGGAGGCAGAGAACAAACUGAAAUCGUCCAUAUACACACCAAAAGUAGAGGAACCCCAGCGCCGGUCAGACACAUGGCGCAACCGGAUCACGCAACGGGCCAUGUCGAUCGAUAACAUUAGCUCGUACGGUGCGGAAUCGGAACCGGGCAUGCUGCGCUACAACAAGGAAAACCAGUACCAGUACCCGUCCAUCAACAAUGGGUCUGGGGGCAUCGGUGGUGGUCACUUUGGCCAGUCGAACGGUGCCGGUCCUGGCAAACCAUCACCGAACAACGGUGGUACGGCCGGCGGUACGGGCAACGGGACGAUGGCACCACGCUGCUCGAUGGAGAACAUCAGCAAUGGCAAGCUGGAGGGUGGUACGGCACACGGCUAUCAUCUGCCCGAUAUGGCACCGUCCACGCCGAGCGAAUCUGUGUGUGCCAACGAUGACGAUGACAGUGAGCAGAUUAUCCCGUGGCGAGCACACCUGCGAAAAACGAACAGUCGACUUUCGCUCAUCGGCUAG